AUGGCUGCCGCGGCUGCCGCGCGAGGCCGGCAGUCCCGAGCGAACCGCAUGCUGGGCCGUGCAGUGCGGUUGCUGCAACGCCUGGAAGAACAAUGCGGGGAUCCCAGGCUCUCCUUGAGUCCCCCUUCUCUGAGGGACCUGCUGCCCCGCAUGGUGCAGCUGCUCCAGGAUGUGGCUCACACCUGGCGGACGGCCGGAGGCGGCCCCGAGGGUUCCGGUGGUGCCUGGGACUUUCUAGUUAUCUACCUAGCCAACCUGGAGGCCAAGGGCAGGCAGGUAGGGGCAUUGCUGCCACCCCGGGAGCGAAAGAUGGCCAACGACGAGCUCUUCCGGCCAGGCUCCAGCCUCAGGCGACAGUUGGCCAAGCUGGCCCUGAUCUUCAGCCACAUGCACGCCGAGUUGAGCGCCCUCUUUCCCGCUGGCAACUACUGUGGACACACGUACCAGCUCACCAAAGCCCCAGCCCACACCUUCUGGAGGGAGCACUGUGGAGCACGGUGUGUGCUGCCCUGGGCCGAGUUUGAGUCUCUCUUGCGCACCUGCCACCCUGUGGAGUCAGGCCCCACAGCCCUGGCCUUACGCUCCACCAUGGACCUCACCUGCAGUGGCCACGUGUCCAUCUUUGAGUUUGACAUCUUCACCAGGCUCUUCCAGCCGUGGCCAACACUCCUCAAGAACUGGCAGCUCCUGGCAGUCAACCACCCAGGCUACAUGGCCUUCCUCACGUACGAUGAGGUCCAAGCACGACUGCAGGCCUACAGGGACAAGCCAGGCAGCUACAUCUUCAGGCCCAGCUGCACUCGCCUGGGGCAGUGGGCCAUUGGGUAUGUGAACUCCCAAGGCAACAUCCUGCAGACCAUUCCUCCCAACAAACCCCUGUUCCAGGUGCUCCUAGAAGGACAAAAGGAAGGAUUCUACCUCUACCCAGAUGGGAGGUACCACAACCCCGACCUGAGUGAACUCUGCCAGACGGAACCCCAUCAGCAUAUCCAAGUGUCAGAGGAGCAGCUGCUGCUGUACUGGGCCAUGGACUCCACCUUCGAGCUCUGCAAAAUCUGUGCAGAGAGUAACAAGGAUGUGAAGAUCGAGCCCUGUGGGCACCUGCUCUGUAGCCGCUGCCUGGCCGCCUGGCAGCACUCCUACAACCAGACCUGCCCCUUCUGCCGCUGUGAGAUCAAAGGCCGAGAGACUGUGAGCAUCCACCAAUUCCCAGGGAACUCAGUGGAAUCCAGUGCCACCGCUGACGACCUGGGGGACAGCAGUGGCCAGGAGGAGGGAGAGGUGGAUCUGGGGCAGGUCAGCCCCACAGCACCUCCUCUCCCGCCUCGGCUAGAUGUGUCCCCUGGGAAAACCAGAAAUAAAUGCCAGUUGAAGGUGACACCACCUAUGGUCCUCCCCAGACUUCGGGCCCCAUUUGCCUUGCCAAAAUUUAAGACUGUGGCCACAGCCUCGUGGGUAAUCACCUCCAGCCCCCAGGCCCAGGAGGGAGCCACAGGAAACUCCUAAAGGGAAACCACCCCCAGCUCCCCUGGAGGCCCAACGGUGGCUGCCAGCCCGGAGGCCAGCCACUGAGAUUUGCUGCUCAAGG